GCGCCCUCAGUUUCCACAACUCUCAGCCUCCGAGCUUCUGCACACAACAGGUUGGACAUAGAAAAGCUUUUCGCCGCAAUAGCUAUCAAGACUGCCUAGAGACGGCGGCUACAACCUUGCAGCAAAAGGAAAAAACGCAACCCACAGCCACGCGCUACCCGCAACGCCGUCUAGGCCCGGCCUCCCCGGCCGGAAGUGAGGUGUUUGCUCCGCCCUCGCGUCCCAUACAUCGCGAGACUUCGCGUACGGUUUCCUUUUGCGUCUCGGCCGCCAACAUGCCAUCCAGACUGAGGAAGACCCGGAAACUUCGGGGCCACGUGAGCCACGGCCACGGCCGCAUCGGCAAACACAGGAAGCACCCGGGAGGCCGAGGUAAUGCUGGUGGCUUGCAUCAUCACAGGAUCAACUUCGACAAAUAUCACCCAGGUUACUUUGGGAAAGUUGGUAUGAGGCACUACCACUUAAAGAGGAACCAGAGCUUCUGCCCCACUGUCAACCUGGAUAAACUAUGGACCUUGGUCAGUGAGCAGACGCGGGUCAAUGCUGCCAAAAACAAGACCGGAGCCGCUCCCAUCAUUGAUGUGGUGCGAUCGGGCUACUACAAAGUUCUGGGGAAGGGAAAGCUCCCAAAGCAGCCUGUCAUUGUGAAGGCCAAAUUCUUCAGCAGAAGAGCUGAGGAGAAGAUUAAGAGUGUUGGUGGGGCUUGUGUGCUGGUGGCUUGAAGCCACAUGGACGGGAAAUCAUUAAAUGUUCACAAGUG